AUGACGACGACCGCACCACCAACACAACCACCACCACCACCACCACCACCACCACCAACAUCAGCAACAAUCACACCAGCACAAAAGCGGGAGAAGAAAAAGCAAGCCCCGGUAAAGGCGGCCGCAAGACGAGAAACGAGGAAGCAUACAACCAGAGACGAUGACGAGGCUGAUCCGAAUGUGCUUGCUGCAAAUAAUAAGGGUGGAAUCGCUGUUGAGGAUCAUGACAUUAUAAGUAUGAGAACUCCUACUUUUGCAUUACAGGAUUAUGUGAAAGUAAAAGCUGAUUUUGGUGAUCCAGGGACCAAUAAUCGUCCGGCCGGACGUGGUUUUAUCCAGGAAAUCCAUGGAUUUGGUGGAACAUCUACAUAUACUGUGAAGUAUGAAGGAGAGGAUCCGGGAGGAACGUUCAAAGGGAUCCCUUUGUCUGAUAUUUCUCCUCUACCUGUUGUAAAUUCAGUUUUUUCCAACACUACCAACACUACCAACACAAGCACCCCUCGAAGGAAGCGACAGAAGAUCCAACCAAGUUCAUCAGUCGCUCCCUGUCCAUCGGCCGAAACGAAGUCAUCAACAAAGAAGAAACAGUCUCCCGGUGGGGAGCUUGUUAGUAGACUUCGUCAUGCUCUCAGUAACGACAAGGAGAAGGGAUGGCGGCGUAAGGAACUUGGUUGGAUGCCACCUCCAAAGGCGAAUGCCAAACGCCAGCCGAAGCUUACCAACCAGGAGAAGUCGCAAGUACUAGUAGAUGUUGCCUUGCUGGAAACAUUCCUAGAGGCUCAGGGGAAUGGCAGUGGCAAUGGCAAUGGCAACAACCAUUAUCAAGAGAAGGACGCAGUCUCUGGAAAAUUCAAGAAGCGGGUUACAAAGUGGAAUCCAAUGUCCAUUGGGUAUCUUGUCAAUCAUUCUUGGGGCCUUUCGAAUUCGUACUUGUGUCGGCUUCAAAAGCAGCAGCAGCAGCAGCAAAAGGCGAACGAGAAUGCGGCCACUGGUGCAACUUUUUUCGAAGCCAGAAAAAAAGCAAGCAAGAAGGCGAGAUGUGUGAUUGAUGACUACGAGCUGGCAGAAAAGUUAUUCACAACAAGCUACCUUUAUGCUGUGAGUGAAUGCCGGAGACAGGCGCGAGCAAAUCUGGAGGAGGUUGUUGACCAGAAAUUAUACCACCAGCGUUUCAAAGCCGCAAAGGAGAAAUUCAAAACUUUGGAUGAUGACACAAAGGCAGUCUGGGAAUUCCAAAGACGUGCUCACUUGUCGCGGCAUGCCACCAUCAAGGAUCAAAUCAUUCGUGCUAGAAAGACAAAUCCAAAGUGUUCGUGGCGAUCCAUUGAAGAAGAAAUUGACCACUGGUGUUGUGACGCAACCAUUCGUAGAUGGGCAAUGGCAAGGGAAGGAGGAAACAAGAUACUGUAG